AUCACAAGCUAGCUUUUCUUCUAACAAAAAGAUUGAUCGUCGUCAUCUAAGUGAAAAUGAGGUUUAGGGUUUAGGUUCAAGCUCAUCUCAGCUGAGAGUGGAAGAAGAAGAAGACGACGAUGAUGAUAGUGAGGAGGACAAGUGUUAUUGCUAACAUUAUCGGCCAAAGAGUAAAUAACAAUUGCUUUACAUCAUCAUCAUCAAUAAGCAGCAGCCCAAUUCUUAAGUUUCCUUCAUCUCUACUCUCUCUCGACCUCCCUGACAUUUGGCCUCCAUCAUCCCCAGCAAUUAAGAACUGUUGCACAGCUAAUGACCACCCUUCUUCUGCUCUUGUAAUUGAUGGCAAGUUGAUUGCGGAUGAAAUAAGGUUCAGAAUUGCUGAACAGGUUAGGAGGAUGAAGGAUUCCGUUGGAAAAGUUCCUGGCUUGGCUGUAAUUCUUGUGGGCGACCGAAGGGACUCUCUUACAUAUGUUCGCAACAAGGUUAAAGCUUGCGAGGAUGCUGGAAUCAAGUCUCUUGUCACACAGUUCCCGCAAGAUUGUAAACAAGAUGAUGUUAUUCAUGCCUUGUCCGCUUUUAACGAGGACCCAUCUAUUCAUGGUAUUCUUGUGCAGCUUCCUCUGCCCCAACAUUUGGACGAGGGGAAGAUUUUGAAUGUGCUCAAGUUAGAAAAGGAUGUAGAUGGCUUCCAUCCACUCAAUAUGGGGAACCUUGCAAUGAGAGGAAGGGAACCGUUGUUCAUCCCAUGCACUCCAAAGGGUUGCAUUGAGCUAUUAAUCAGGUCAAGUGUCGAAAUCAUGGGGAAGAAUGCCGUGGUUAUUGGGAGAAGCAACAUAGUUGGACUGCCCAUAUCCUUGCUGUUGCAGAGGCAUCACGCGACUGUCACCAUUGUACAUGCAUUCACAAAGAAUCCAGAGCAGAUUGCAAGGGAAGCGGACAUUGUUGUUACUGCUACUGGAGUGCCCAAUCUGGUCCGUGGCAAUUGGUUAAAGCCUGGUGCUGUUGUUAUUGAUGUAGGAACUUUCCCAGUGGAGGACCCCAGCUGUGAGAAUGGUUACCGUCUCAUUGGAGAUGUUUGCUAUGAAGAAGCAUCGAAGGUGGCAUCAGCCAUUACUCCCGUGCCUGGAGGAGUUGGACCCAUGACAAUCGCUAUGCUUCUCUCAAAUACUCUGGAUUCUGCCAAGCGGGCUUAUGACUUCACUUGACCACUUAGUUUAUUCUUGCGUUGCCUUUCUAUCAUCAUAUUUGUUUUAACCACUAUGGAAGAUAUUUUGAGGAAAGGUUAAUCAUGACACUCAUACUGGCUGGCUGCAUCAUUUCAAGCUUAA